AUGCCGUCCAGAACUGACAAUGGUGUUGGGGUCCAGGUUGAAGACACAAGAAUAUGUGUGGUCAUGGUUGGACUCCCAGCUCGGGGCAAAAGCUAUAUUGCACAAAUAGCUCAACGGUACUUGCAGUGGCUGUCCAUACCGGCACAGACAUUCAAUGUCGGCAACUAUCGGCGCAACGAUGCGCCACAACCCACCGCUGACUUCUUUGACACCAACAACGCCGAGGGUGAGCGGAAGCGCCGUGCAGCCGCGGAAGCCGCCGUAGCUGACAUGCUUGCUUGGUUCCGCACCGGCGGCGUUGUUGCGAUACUAGAUGCUACCAAUUCCACCAAGGAACGUCGAAAAUGGGUCAGCGACGUUUGCACCCAGCACGGCAUCGAAGUUCUCUUUGUCGAAAGUAAAUGUGACGACCAGGAAAUCAUCAUGGCCAAUAUUCGUGAUGUGAAAACCACCAGUCCGGAUUAUCGCGGCAAAGACCCCGAAGCUGCCGCCCAGGACUUCCUUAACCGCAUAAGCAAUUAUGAGAAGAUUUAUAAGACCAUUGACGAGGACGGUGACGAAGACGAGUACACGUACCUCAAAAUUAUGAACAUCGGAAAGCAGGUCAUCAUCAACCGCAUUCAGGACUACCUUCAGAGUAGAAUUGUCUACUAUCUCAUGAAUCUACAUAUUCGCCCUCGUUCUGUCUGGCUGUCUCGGUGGAAAGCCCUGGAUGAAUUGGACUCGGGAGUCUGUGACGGGCUGACCUACCAAGAAAUAAAGGACCGGUUCCCCGAAGAUUUUGCUGCGCGCGACGAAGACAAGUAUAAUUACAGGUACCGUGGUGGGGAAUCCUACCGUGACGUUGUCAUUCGCCUAGAGCCAAUAAUCAUGGAACUGGAAAGAAGUGAGGAUAUCCUCAUUGUCACUCACCAAGCUGUCCUCCGGUGCAUUUACGCGUAUUUCAUGAAGAAGGACCAAGCUAAGAGCCCGUGGAUGAAUGUGCCACUGCACACACUGAUUAAGCUGACCCCAAGAGCUUAUGGAACUGAAGAGGUCCGGUAUGAGGCAAAUAUACCUGCUGUGAGCACCUGGCGUGGAAAGGGAAGCACAGCAAAACACGAAAAUCCAACCCCCGAGAGUCUUUAG